AUGACUCAUCCAUGUCUGUUUAUCUUGCUGGUUAUCCUCAGCUCCAAGUCAACGCUUGGCUUUGUGGUACCUUCCUCGCAGAUUUCCUCAAACGCGGUCAGAAUACCAUCAUCAUCAGCAUACACGUCAGGAGCGACAGGAAGAACUUAUUCGUAUCGUACCUCAUCGGAUAAUGAUGACACUUCCUCCUCAUCGCAAUUGUAUGCGGAAUACGUCCCUCAGGAUCCAGGAUCUCCAACGGUUGCCAAAAAAUCAAAAUCGCUUCAUCCUCAAGUAGGUGAUUUGGUACGGUAUUAUGAUUUGGAUGGAGGAGAUCAAAAGGGGCAAGAGUUGGUGGGAAAGAUUUCCUACAUUGUUCCGGUAUUGUCCAAGAAGAACAGCGGUGCUGACGGUAACUCCUCCUCGCAAAGCAAAAACAACAACAACAAUAAUAAUGAAAAUAACAAGGAAUUCCUUGUGGACCUAACGCAACUAGAAGAUACGGGAGAUGGGUAUUAUGCCGAAUUCUCCAGUCAAAAACGCAUGGGCAAAAAGGCGAAUCGCAAUCUAAAGUUUGUCUCUCCCAUCGUUGCCUCCUACGUACGAGCCGAACAGGCUUAUAAGGUUCCACUGACGAACGACGGUCAACUGCGAGUCCGACAAGAGACCUAUGAUUUGGAUGACUACGAAGGACCCAUUUUCAAGGUGGAUCAAGGGGUCGUCGCUCAAGAUGGACUCGUCUACGGGACACUGAAAUUCAACUUGCUCAAGAAUGCGGCCAUUGCGGGUCUCGCUGGAUCCAUCGUGGUCAACAUUAUCAAGGGUCCGGAAGAUGGUGCCAUUUAUCUGGCGGGUGCCGUUGCAAGUGUGGGAUACCUCUUCUUUUUGAGCGUCAAGACUGACACCAUAUUCAGUGACGAUGCCAAAAUUGGAAGUGGUGUUGCCAACUUGCGAUUCCUCAUGCCCAUUUUGUUGUUGGUUGGCGUGGCACUCUACAAUCAAAGUCAGGGAGAGUACGCUGGAACUACUACCUUUGAUACCGUCACACCGGAACAAUUUGGAUGCGCCGUGUUGGGAUUCUUGACCUAUCGGGUGCCACUCUUUCUCGGUCAAGUCCAGGAUGCUCUCAAGGAGGAGGUAGAUGCCGGUGGACUUUUGCCAGGAAGUGCUGGUAUCGCCAUGCAACUCAUGAAAGGAGAUGCAGCUGCGACGACUGCUUCUGGUGCGACCCUUAUUGCCAAUCAAGACCAGCUCCUGCCAGUGUUGUUGGUCUCGGGACCACAAUUCACUGGCCGAAAAGAAUUGGUCCAAAAGUUGUUGGAAUCCGAUGACCGAUUGGUAUCACCUCGGUUAGUGGAUCGUCAACAAGACGGGGUCACAUUUGAACGUUUGGAGGAUCGAGGUGGAUUCUUGCAAGUGGAUCCCAGUGGUCGUUACGGUUUGACCAAGGAGGCUAUUUUGGAGGCCUCUCAACAACCAAUGAGUGACACUGGUGGAUCUGGGUGCGACAAGGUGGUGGUGGUGGACGCCGACGUGGGCCUCGCACGGCAAAUGCAAAAUUUGUCGGGAACCCGUCUGGUGGGCGUAUGGGUGGGCUUGAAGACCGUUGCCGAAUUCGAGGAACAGUUGGAAGCUGGACUCGAGGCCGGGACGAUUGUCAUUCCAGAAGACGAGCCCAAGGAAAGUUUCAUGCGUGGCAAGGUGAAGGAGAUUGUUCAAGAGAUUGAUUUUGGUUUGGGAUCUGGUAUUUUUGAAUUCACAAUAUUGAAUGACGGAUCGGAAAAGAGUCUGGAAGAAUUGAAGGAUGCUGCCGAGUACUGUUUCAAAUGA